AUGCCUGCUCCGCCUCUGUCAUGCGUCCGCUCAUCGCGCAAUUGGCGCGCGGUGCGCCGCAUUGCCGAUCACGUUAGGGCGAUGCGAUGGCGCACUGUCGUGUCGUGCUCCUCGACCAUCUCGCGUCGCCGAAACCACCGCUUUCCUCCCCAACCGCCCGCCCUCAACCCCCUGUCCUCUCCCGUGCUUCCCUCCAUCCCCCCUCUGCCGCCUCGCUCCCCCCACCGUCUUCCGCCCACUCUGUGUCAACCGCAGCGCGAGUCGGAGCAACCGCCCCAACCGCCCCCUCCGCGCGACACCAGCGCGUCCGACUCCCUCGUCCGCGGGGCGUGGUGGCGCGGGCAGGCGGCGGGAGCGCGCGCGUCGGUGGGGGAGGUGGUGCGGGGCGCCGUGCGCGCAGUGGAGGACGCGCCCGUCGAGACCGUCGGCGCUGCUGCCGCCGCCUCAGGGCUGGCGGUGCUGGGGGUGGUGUUCGCGACAUCGCUGCUGGGGUCGCUGGACUCGGUGCCGCUGGCCCCCGGAGUUCAUGCAGACCAUCGGUGUCGUCUACUGCGCCCUCGUCGCCAGGCAGUAUUUCACCAAGAGGAAGAUCGCAUCCCCACUCUUCUGCUGUCCUCUUCCCCCAGCCGUUUCCCCCACUGUGCCCAAUCUCAAGUCCUGCUUUCCCCCCUUUCUCCCCGUUCCCUGGUGCCGGGGCUUGGCGGGGGCGGGCAGGGCGUGGGGAUGGGCGUGCAGGGGCGGCUGAGGGCGCUGGAGGCGGAGAGGGACGUGGCGGUGGCGGCGGCGGGGGAGAUGCGGCGCGCGGGGCAGGAGAUGGCGCGCGUGGUGGCGGAGAAGGAGGCGCUCGAGGCCGUCGCACUGCAGCUCGCGGAUGAGAGGGACUCCGCCAUCGCUGAGGUGACAGCACUGAAGACAGCGGUGAAUGCGAUGACGGAGCGCAUGAGGGCGAUAGAGGCCAUGCUGGCAUCCGAGGUGCAGCGCCUGCAGGAGCAGAACCUCGCCCUCGAGACCGUUGCUCUGCAGCUGGCUGACGAGCGUGACUCCGCCAUUAAACAGGCAUCGGAGCUGAGGUCAGCGUUUGAGGCGCAGAGGGAGGAGGACAAGCGCGUGUUGGAGAUGCUAGCAGCGCAGCUGAUAGAGGAGCGCAACGCCGCCGUCAAGGAGGUGCAGGAGCUGAAGCAGGUGGUGGCGGGGCUGGCGGAGGCCACGGGGGCGGGCAGCGGGCUGACGAGUGAGAUGGAGGCGUUCAUCCGCAGCCGCGUGCGCGCCGUCAGGGCCCAGUUCGUUGACAUCUCCAAGCCCUACUCGCAGCAGGAGGAGGCGGUGAAUGCGUUUGUGGCGCAUCUGGUGGACGAGUUCGGAGCCCCCAGGGAGUGGACGCACCGCUACAUCCGCCAGUUCCUCGACGCUGCCUCUGACGCCCAUGCCAUCGCCCUCAACGGCCCCUCGCCGCCCUCCGACCGCUUCAACUGA